AUGACUACGAAUCAGACAAGCAAUGAAUCGGAUGCUAUUGAACCAUUUCACAUCAAUAUUCCACAGUCGGAACUCGAUAAUCUGAAACAUCGUCUCGAAUGGGUACGUUGGCCUGACCGUGAAACAGUUGAUGAUUGGAAACAAGGUGUGCCUCUCGACAAGGCUAAAUCACUCGUCGACUACUGGCGUCUGUACUACGAUUGGCGCCGUUUCGAAAGUCGAGCUAACAAAUAUCCUCACUUUCGAACAAUGAUUGAUGGUGUUGGAAUUCAUUUCAUUCACGUCAAAUCACAGUAUGCUAACGCAUUGCCGAUCAUUCUCACUCAUGGUUGGCCAGGUUCAUUCAUCGAAUUUCUUCGUGUCAUCCCACGUCUCACCGAUCCUGUGGCGUUUGGAGGUAAGGCCGAAGAUGCCUUUCACGUCGUCGUACCAUCCCUACCUGGCUAUGGAUUCAGUGAUAAACCAAAAGAAACUGAAUGGAACAGUGCACGCAUUGCUCGAGCUUGGGUCCUGCUUAUGCAACGUUUAGGCUAUAAACGUUGGGUUGCUCAAGGUGGUGAUUGGGGAGCUGAUGUGGCAACAGUACUCGGUUAUAUGCAUCCUGAAGGCCUUCUCGGUAUUCACCUCAAUUUUCAGUUUGUUUUCCCUGAAAAUCUACCCGACAAUCCUUCGCCUGAAGAACAACGCGCGCUGGAAGGAGCCAAUUACUACCUCUCCGAUGGAUGGGGAUUCUUUCAAGAACAAGGAACACGACCUCAAACCAUCGGUUAUGGACUGUGUGAUUCGCCCGUUGCACUGGCUAUGUGGAUCUACGAGAAAUUCUACGAAUGGACAGAUAACAAGGGCGAGCCUGAAGAUGCAGUCAAGGUCGACGACAUACUUGAUAACAUCACUUUGUACUGGCUGACAAACACUGGUGCAUCUGCAGCACGGCUCUUCUGGGAACGUCGACUUCUGGGAAUAUCGUUGUCCGGUCCACAGCUUACUUUACCUGUUGCUGCUAGCGUCUUUCCACGUGAAGUGUUUCGCGCGCCGAAGAGCUGGGCACAACAAACAUAUUCAAACCUGAUCUACUGGAAUGAACUGGAAAAGGGUGGACAUUUUGCUGCUUUUGAACAACCGGAACUCUUUGCUCAAGAACUAUACGCUGCUUUUCGUACUCUUCGAAGUGUUUAG